GUGUUUGUUAUCAUUCGAAUCAAUUGGAUUUUAAUUAUUAUUUAACAGGCUUUUUCAUUCAUAAUUUUGUAACAUUGUUUUUUUUGUUUGUUAUAAAAUCUAAAAAUAACAACAUUAACAAGAAAAUGGCUGAUUGUUUAGUAUCAAAUCAAUUUUCAUCAAAUAAUCGUUUCGGUAAUGGCACCAAUGGCGGUAAUAGUUCGGCCAGUAAUGAUGAAAAUAGAAAACUUUUUCUUGGUGGAUUGAGCUGGGAAACGGAAGAAAAAGAUCUUUUUGAUUAUUUCACUCAAUUUGGACAGGUGGAUAAAGUUACAAUAAAAUAUAAUUCAAGUACAGGACGAUCACGUGGUUUUGGUUUUGUUACAUUUAUCAAUGAUGACACGGUUGAUGCCGUAUUGAAAACUGGACCGCAUGUCAUCAAAAAUCGUACGGUUGAUCCAAAACGACCAAAAGGUAAAAAUGGUUUGAAGAAAAUUUUUGUCGGUGGUAUUGAUGGCGAUAUGUCUAAUGAUGAGAUUCGUACAUAUUUUGAACAAUUUGGACCGAUUGAAAAUAUCGAACGACCAUUUGAUCGUCAACGUAAUCGAAGCCGUGAAUUCUGUUUUAUCAUUUUCGAAACGGGUGAAGCUGCUGAAUCGGCCGUUUCAGUACCGAAACAAGUUAUUGGUGGUAAAGAAUGUGACAUUAAAGUCGCUCAUCAAAAUCGUAACCAAAAUUCACAUCCAAAUGGAAUGGGUGGCAAUAGUGGUGGAAUGAUGAAUCGUCGUGGUAUUGGUGGUAGUAAUGGUGGAAACAGUAACAAUAUUCAUCUUGGUAAUGGUGGUGGUGGUGGACAAGGUAGUCAAUUUUUCAAGAAUCGUAAUCAAAACAUUGAUGCAAAUUGGCGUAAUUCAGAUCAUCCAAAUGGAAAUUUUCGUGGUAACAAUGAUGAUUAUUCGGAUUCACAUUUCCUUACCAACAUUGAUACAAUGCAGAAUAACAAUUAUUCAAACUAUAAACCGUAUAAUAAUUCAAGUUUCUAUCCAUCUCCAUAUUGGCAUUAAGCAUAAUUAUCAAUUUGAAACAAAAAAAAAAGUAUGCGCCAAAUCUUAAGUAGAAGAUUUUAAUUAACCAGAAUAACUACUAUUACUACUUGAAUAUUCAUCAUAAUUUUUCCUUUUAUUUUUUGCAUCUUGCUAUUUUAAAAUUCACGUCGUAAACACGUGAUUUCUUUUUUUUUUCUUUUUCUGAAUCCUUCAUAUUCAUAAACACACACGCACACAUUUAUUCUUGUGCGUUUAUCAUUCUUAUUUUAUCAACAUUGGCUUGAACAAUGUUUGUUCUUUUCUAUAAA